ACAACAAUAACAACAAUGGAGGCGGCCAGAACGGCGGUGGCUCCAACAACGGCGGUGGCUCCAACAACGGCGGUGGCUCCAACAACGGCGGUGGUUCCAACAACGGCGGUGGCUCCAACAACGGGGGUGGCUCCAACAAUGGCGGCGGUGCCGGAGGAAACGGCGGUGGCUCCAACGGCGCUGCUCCCUCCGGCAGCCAGGGCGCCGGAAGCUACGGCGUCUACGGCAGCUACGGCUCUUACAACAACGCCGCGCCCGGUGGUGGUUCCCCUGCCCAGCCCGGUCAGUCCGGUGCUCCCGGUGCUGGCGGUGCUCCUGGCGCUUCCGGAGCUCCUGGUGCCGGCGGUGCCCCUGGUGCGUCUGGCGCUCCCGGUGCCGGUGGUGCCCCCGGUGGAACUCCCGCUCAGUCUGGCGCUCCUGGUGCCCCUGGCGCGUCUGGUGCUCCUGGCACCGGUGGCUCUUCCGGUGGUGCUGGAGGUGCUGGAGGCGCUGGUGGCGCUCCCGGCCAGUCUGGCGCUGGCGGCUCCGGCGGCGGUGCCUCUGGCUCAACCGCCACGGGUGGUGCUUCCGGCUCCACGCCGUCCACAGUCCAGGUCGCCUCGGCACCGUCUCUCAAGAAGAGCCUCGGCCUCCUUUGCGGUAUCGCAAUGGCUGCCGGCCUUACCAUCUUUGCUUAAGACGACUACUUACUCUCUAGUCUUCUUCUUCCCAAUCAUGCAAUCUCCCCAUUCACAAAACGCCGUGUGCUCGCGUCCCCAAAGAUCAAAAGAGGAAGGGAAAAAGGAAAAAAAGGGGGUUAAGGAGAAAAGGGUUCAAAUUGGAAAUACGGUUCUUUUUGGAUCCUUGUUUCUGUGUAAACCCCUUUUUGGCUAUAAUUCCCGGGAGUUUUUCUCAAUUUCUCUCAUACAUGAAAGAAAGUUGUCAUUUUGUUUUUACUAAUUGGCGGCAUUUGUGGGCUACUGCUGCCCACAGCGGAGUUGACAUAGGUGGACAAAGGGCCCUGAGGUGUUGCGAUAUUAUUUUGAAUCAAUAACGUUGUUUGUUGUUUUUUAGAUUGAAGUACGAAUACAGGUU